AUGGGAUUCAGGAAGGUUGGAGCAAAAAAACAGUUAAAGCUGCGAAAACAAAAAUAAAAAACAAUAAUUAGAGAAAGGCAAAAAAGGUAAGAGUCUUAUGCAAUAUAUAUAUACAACGUCCUCAAAUAAGUUCACCCAGAAUUGGAAAUUUCUAUAAAGGCUAUGAACAUUAUGAAUUAAUUCAUCAAUGAUAUUUUCCAUAGAAUUACACUUGAAGUCAGCAAUUUAAUCAGAUUUAGAGAUAAAAAUAGAAAGACACUUAGACCAAGAGAAAUCUAAACUGUUGUCAAAUUAUUGUUUCCAGGAGAUUUGGCCCAUUUUUCAAUCGCAAAAAGUGCAAACGCUCUCAAAAACAUAAAUCCCAUAUUAUAAUAAUAAUAAGCGGACGUUAUUUAUUAAUUUCAAAAAUGA